UCUGAAUGUAAUUUGCGUUUCUUGAUUCAAUGAAGUUCGCGUUUUUACAUUAAUAUUUUUUUAGUUUUAAGUUGUUUUGUACGUAACGCUAAUGGAAAUAUCUUAAUUAUAUUUUUACUUUUCAUUUCUACGUAAUCGUAAUUGAAAUGCGCCCGCUAGUGUUAUUUUACAAAUAAAUCGUCUAAUGGGAAGUGGUCAACACCGACCCGCAAUCGGGAAAUUUAUUUAUCUGGAUGUUAUUUGUUAUGGAAUUGGAAAAUAUCGUUGCGAAUACUGUGUACUUGAAAGCAAGAGAAGGUGGUUCAGAUAACAACAAAGGCAAGAGUAAGAAAUGGAAGAGAAUUCUACAAUUUCCCCAUAUUACCCAGUGUCUCGAUCUCAUACAGAAAAUAAACGUUACGUACACUUACAUAGUUGAUGAACAACCUAUUGGUAGAUUAUUAUUUCGACAGUUUUGUCAAGAGUUGCAACCUCAAUUUCAUCGAUAUAAUGUUUUUUUAGAUUUUAUUGAAAAAUAUGAAUUGGAAUUGGAUGAAAAUAGAGCUGGCCUUGCGCACACAAUAUACCGCCGAUUCCUGCAACCAUCGGCUUCCGAGAUGAUCGACGUGUUGCAAGAAUGCAAAACUAUAUUGAGCUAUUGCGAGAAAAAUAUAGAUUCCGGGGAUCGUGAAUUAUUUGUAAAAUGCGCGGACGUAGUGAAAACAUUCCAAUCAAAAGAACCGUUUACAUUGUUCCGUUUAUCAAUGUACUUUCAUCGUUAUCUUCAAUGGAAAUGGCUGGAAAGUCAACCGGUUACCUACAAGACAUUCCGAAUGUACAGAGUAUUGGGCAAAGGAGGGUUCGGAGAGGUAUGCGCUUGCCAAGUACGAGCCACCGGCAAAAUGUACGCUUGCAAGAAAUUAGAAAAGAAGAGAAUCAAGAAAAGAAAAGGAGAACCGAUGGUUUUAAUCGAGAAACAAAUUUUGCAAAAGAUCAAUUCCAGAUUUGUUGUGAGCUUGGCGUAUGCGUAUGAGACGAAAGAUUUCUUAUGUUUGGUGUUGACCAUUAUGAAUGGAGGGGAUUUAAAAUUCCAUAUUUACAACAUGGGUAACGAGUCCGGAUUCGAUGUAUCUAGAUCGAGAUUUUACGCUGCUGAGGUUCUAUGCGGCCUGGAGCAUCUACACCUGCAAGGUAUCGUUUACAGGGAUUGUAAACCGGAGAAUAUACUAUUGGAUGAUCUCGGCCACGUUAGAAUAUCCGAUUUAGGUUUAGCCAUCGAAAUCAACGAAGGAGACACGGUUCGAGGACGCGUUGGCACCGUAGGAUACAUGGCGCCGGAAGUAAUAGAUAAUGAAAAAUACACCUUUAGUCCAGAUUGGUUCAGUUUCGGGUGCCUAUUGUACGAGAUGAUCGAAGGUCAGGCGCCAUUUAGAGCGCGCAAAGAGAAAGUAAAACGCGAAGAAGUCGAUCGCCGAGUUAAGGAAGAUCAAGAAAAAUAUUCGCAGAAAUUCACCGAAGAGGCUAAAUCGCUUUGCAAACAAUUAUUGAAAAAAUCGCCUAAAACUAGAUUAGGUUGUCAUACGAAUCGUUACGGCGCUAGGGAGGUUAAAAAGCACGAUUUUUUCAAAUGUAUUAAUUGGAAACGAUUAGACGCUGGUUUAGAAGAACCUCCAUUCGUGCCCGAUCCUCAUGCCGUAUAUGCUAAAGAUGUACUCGAUAUCGAACAAUUUUCAACGGUUAAAGGUGUAAAUUUAGAUGCAACCGAUGAUACAUUCUAUUCGAAAUUUAAUACCGGUUCCGUAUCCAUACCUUGGCAAAACGAGAUGAUAGAAACCGGCUGCUUUGAAGAGUUGAAUGUUUUUGGACCGAAUCGAACGCCGACUCCGGAUUUACUGCUCGAUGCUGUGCCAGAAAAAGAACCUGAAGAAGGGUGUUUUCCAUUUAAAAAGAAGAAAAAAAUUCCAGCUCGUGCUAAGCCCAUACCUAUUCCGGUUGAAUAUCUGAAAACUUUACAAGUUACCGAAGAUGGCGGUAGUUGAUCUCUCCAAUAUGUUGUGCGUGAAUUUGUAAUUUUUAAGUUGUUCGUAGUCUCGUGUAUAAUUUGAAUUAACGCCAUCUCAAUUUCAGACAUGUUGUAUUUUUGUUUCGAUUAUUUCCUUUCGCUUCGUUUUACGUUUUUUUUUCGUUCGUUUGAAAUUUUGCUUCUUGAUCUUCGCGUUUAAACUUUAAUUUAUAUUUCUAAAAAAAAAACUGAUAAAAAACCCAAAAAAAAAACACGAAAAAAAUCGUUUAUUUGAAAAAAUAAAAAACGCGUGAAAAUGUAAAAAAAAGUAUUAUUAAAAUUUUGAAUAGACGAAUGUUUCAAGUUUUACUUUUUUUAGUGUACCUUACUUACCUACGUGGCUUAAACGUAACGCGAAGUUGUAAUUAAACGUAUCGCCCCUUCCCUUAUAUUUCUUUUCUUCCCUGUCAAUAAGUUUUGUACGUUUGUGUGUGAGCCCUGUUGAACACGAAUAUUUUGCUAUGGUGUUAAAACUGCAUUUAAAAAUUUUAUUAUUCCUUUGUCGUAAUUUUUAAACAAAGAAAACAAUUUUCGUUUUUCGAUCGUGUGUGUGUAAGUAGUGUUUAGUGUAUAAUGUUAUUAUUUUUGUUGUUGUUUUUUUUUGUUUUUUGGGUAGUGAUGAUUUUAUUACGCGUGAAUCUUUCUAGAGCGACAAAAAACAAAACGAUAGGUGACGAUGUUGCGAAAAGAGAUGCAAUCGUGGCUUCAUUAUUACUUAUAAUUCGAUUGGUAGAAUAUUAAUGCAUAUUUAAUUUUUUUUUUUGAGUCACUACUCUUGGCGGAAUAGUCCGGAAAAUGGGACUAGUUUCUGCGUCGAUCGAAACGAUUAUCAAUUCGACGACGAAAUAUUUGAAAAAAAAAACUAGUUAGCAAACUGGACCAUGCAUGGUAGUUGGUAGUGCAAGAUCAGUGUCAGAGAGAUGAUUAUGCUAAUGGAGAGACCGUGAUAUUGAAAAUGAAGUGGAAGUGGUACCAGUUUUGCGUUGCGUAAGAGUGAUAAAAAAUAUUGUCUUCUGUAAUGUAAAUUCUAACCUAUGAUUGUGUGUAUUUGGUUGUAGUUGUUUUUUUCUUCUUCUUUUUCUUAAGUUAGACGUUUUUUCUUUUAGAAGUUCUGAGAACUUCGACGUAUAUAUUUAUCAUGUUGCAUAAAUGUAUCAUGUAUCGCGAAUAAGGCGACAAUUAGGUAUAAUGGGCCUUUUUAUACGCAGUCUAGGACAUUGAUCUUUAUUGUCAAUCAACGAUCUACCCCCUACGAUGCGAGCAUUUUUUUUUAUUUAUUCAUUUAUUCUUUUUUACCAAUUUAGUGGAAUUUCCUUCGAUUGAACUAUCAAGUCAUUUUAAAUGUUGCUUUUUAUUUGUAUUUUGAAUUUUUUAAAUUUAAAUAUUAUUUUUAGCAUGAGUUUUUUGUUACCUUUUCUGUACUAUAAUCAUUCGUAAAUGUGGUUGAGAAAUUAUUUUUUUUCAUUAUUAAGAAAUUGAAUUUUAACUAGUUGACGUAUAAUAUAUAAAUUUAUAUAUUUUAUUUAUUACAUUAAUUUAGAGUAACGAAACAGUAUUUGUGUGUUUACAUUUUUUUUUCAGAUUUUUUUUUUCUAAUCGGACAAAAAAUUAUUACAACUGAUUCUCAGGAUGGUUUUUUUCUCUACUUCUUUAAGAAACAAGAACAAAAAACUGUUCUCGAAUCGAAUAAAAAUUAUUUUUACGCGUUAUAUUGAAUAAUAAUUUUACAAAAUGGAGGAUUUUUUUCUAACGUCGCGAUGUUUCAAUUAUAAAAAUUUUAUAAUUUUUUACGAUUCGAUGAGUACAUAGAAAAACGAUGUUAUUUUUUUUUUUAAAAAAAAAGAUGUACCUACUACUAUUGUUACUUAUGUGAAUUUUGUUUGGUUUUCGUUCGAUAUUUUUGUCUUUUUUUUUCGUUUUAUUUUGUGUAACUUUUAUAGCGCUUAGAACUAAUUCAUUGGCUGAGGUUGUGAAAAACAACCGUGUCAGAUUUUUUUGUACAUGUGAAAGACUUUUUGAAUAAUCACAUCACCUUGUUGUACUUGUACGCGUUUUUUUUUAAAUUAUUAUUUUUGUUUUUCUGUUCAUUUUACGAUGCCUGUUGAAUAUGUGGGAUUGUUAUUCGCUUUAAUUUCUUUCUCGUUUCUGCCCGCCUUUCGAGAAAUAGUCCGCGAAAGGAUAGAUUUUCAACGAGUUGGAGAUUACUGCAGCUCUGUCUUUCCCCCCCCCCCAACUUUUAAUCUGUUUUGUUUUAUUCUGUACUGUUCUUCUGUAUUUUGUAAAUAGCUGCGAUAAAAGUUCCGUGUUUUUAUUGCUCAACUAGUAUUUGAUAAAUUUUUAUUUUACUUUUUUUUUCUUAUUUUAAUUUUAGAUUCUUUUAUGUUCCGUUUUUAUUAUUAUUUGUGAUUUUAUUUGGUAAUUUUUAUUUGACAAAUAAAAGCAAUUAAAUCAA